AUUCAUAAAUAUACAUAUAUACAUAUAUAGAUAUAUAGAUAUAUAAAUACACAAUAAUAUUACUCUUAAAUUAAUCAUACAUUACCAGCGAAACGAAAGAUUAAUCAUUACAUAUCCUAAAUAUUAAAUCACAUUGAACAUUUCCUACAUUACUUGUAUCGCAUAAGUACAAUAAAAAUAUUAAUAUAUAUAAACAGUAAAAUAUAAUAUAGAAGACAAAUAAAAUAAGUGAAAAGAGGGCUGAAGAAAGCAGAAGGCCAAAUUAUAGUUUCGGCGCGUGUUGUUUCGAUGGCAGCACUUGCGUUACGCGUGCGUCGAUUUGUGAUGUAUAAUUUGAAACUUCGUUCUUUCGUUUCAAAAGAUAUUUAAAGUUUCAAACAGAUGAAUCGAAAUUUAGUAUUAUCGUUUAAAUUAUUUAAUGACUCGAGAUUUACAAAUGUUUAUCAAAAGAGCUGGUGAAGAAUGAAUUAUUUGAACAGUAUAGGAGGCAGCGGAACGAGUGCUGAUUCUGGCCUCCAAUUGAACAAUGUCGAAGUGUUAUAUACUAAAGUGCAAAAGGUUUAUAUAAAACCUCAACAUAAAGAAGAACGUCAACGUGAUCUUAGAGUGAAUGUUGAAACGCAUGCUGGUCUUAGUCCUGUUUGUCGCAAGAGUUUAUGUGUCUUAUUGUCAGAUGAUGAUGAUCCUUGCUUUUUAUAUUCCUUGUUUAUUGCCGAAGAGGAUUUUAAAGUACUAAAAGCUCAACAAGGUUUAUUAGUUGACUUUGAUAAUUUCGCAACACAAUUAAUAUGUUUAUUAGAACAAUGCAAUGUACCUGGUUCCAAUGUGUCAAAAGCACCACCCAAAUUUCUUUUGCUAUUAGCAGAAGAAAGUACAGAAUGGACAUUCAAGCUGGUUGAAACUAAUAAUUUUAAACAUCUUUGCCAUUUGAGUUUAUUUAUAUCUCCUGCUAACGAUUCUGAUUUAAGAACUCAUAUGGCUAUGAAAAUAAAACAAUUAAAAGAGAAUGUUUUACAAAAAAGUAGAGAUGUGCUUGGGUUAGAAACACGAUUAAAUGAUUUGACUAAUAAAUUUGAAUCAAAGACUAAAGAAUUAGACCAAUUAGAACAAAGAUAUCUAGCAGAAAAAAGUCAAAUUCAAAUUAGUUCUACUCAGCAAAUAAGUAUUGAGAAGGACAGAUUUGCUCAGGCAAGGCUAGAAUGGCAGCGCCAAAAUGAUAAAGAGAAAAUGGAAUUAGAACAUAGGCAUACAGAAACCUUAAAACAAUUACAUUCUGAACUUGCUGAAUUGCGUACACAAAAUAUGAGUUAUAAGGAUAAAUUAUCAUAUCUUGAAGCCACUAAUAAAGAGCAAAGUAAACAAUUACAGAAUAUUGAAAAAGAAUUAAAUGUUGCGCAAAAAGAAUUAGUUUUUCUAAAAAAACAGAAUUCAAAACUAGAUAUAGAUUAUCACGAAAAAGAUAAAGCUGUUAAUGGUUUACGUACAAAAGUAGCUGUACUUGAACAGGAAUUAAAAGAUAAGGGUGUAAUCAUUAAUAAACAUACAGAAAUGUUAAAAACAGCAAAAGAACAAAAACAACAAUUGGAAGAACUUUUAGCUGAUAAGGAAGGUCAAUUACAACGUAAACAAAAUUCUUUGAGAAGUUUAAGCGAUGAAUUAGUAAAAGCUAAUGAAAUAUUAACAAAAUUACAAAAUGAACUAGCUUCUACUAAAUCUAAAUUAAAACUAAGAACAAGUAUAGCAUUGGAACAAGAAAGAUUAUUAGACAGUAAACAAAAGGAAGUUGGUCAAUUAGAAAGCAAAAUGGAAAGUUUAAACAAAGAUAUUAAAGAGGCAAAAAUAGGAACAGAACACUUAAAAGAACAAGUGAAAGUAUUGCAAAAUCAAUUGGAAGAAAAAGACAAAAUAAUAAAAAAUAAUGAUAAUGUAAUUAAUUGGUUGAAUCGCCGUUUAGCUGAUAAUCAAUCUCCACUUCAGAGUGCUACUACUCCAGCUCCAGUUACUAUUCCUUCAUCGGUACAGCUAACUUUGCCAAGAUCAAAUAAAUUAUAUGCAAAUAGAUUUGAAACACGAACACCUGCACCUGCCACUAUGCCAUCUACUACAUUAUCAGGAUUGCCAUUAAAAAAUCCGAUAGUUCAAAAUCCAAAUAUUAAUCAAACUACUCGUACCUCUGCCAGAUCUAUGGGAGUGGGAGUAGGAGAUAGUACAAUGGGUUUAUCUUCUAUUAACAAGACUGGACAAAUUUCUAGUACUAGUACACCAAUGGAUCGCAUUAAUACUCUAAAUAAAUUAUCAGGGAAUGUACCAGGUAUGUCAUCUGUACCAGCUAUUGUAGAAAACAAUAAUCCAUGCAUAUCUUCAAAUGGAACCAAGACAAAAGGUUCAAAUGUUGCACUACAAGGUGGAUUAAGAAGAGCUGGUUUGUCGGACAAACCAAUUUUGCCUUCAGCUUAUUUCCCCAAAACUUUACAUUGACAAGGCUGCCAGUCACAUUUUGACAAAAAAAA